AAAACAAGGGAGGGCACGCGCAAAAAGGAACAGCCUACAGUAACCUGCUAAAAUGGCCGCAAAGAUGCGGCCAUAUCUCGGAUUAAGAGACGUUAUUCUACAAAUCGUGGUGUGUUUGUGUUCGUUUACAUAUGUUGAUUGUCUACUAUGUUAUUGCGAUCCCUGUGAUGGGCCCCGUGUGCGAGGCAACAAUACUUGCGAAGCUCCACCCCUAGCUAAAUGUUUCAGUUCAGUCGCAGCAUCCCCUGAUGGCGGAGAAGACAUAUACAAGUUUGGAUGUCUGCCCGAAGAUGAGGGGACAAUAUUAUUGUGCCAUGGAGGCAAUGAAGUCAACCAUAAGGUACCCAAGCACAUAAUAUGCUGCAACAGCACCAAUCUAUGCAACGAACAUCUCAUCCCACAGUAUAAAGUACAGCCCCCUACCCCAACAAGUUUUGUUCCAGAGAAGUACCGCUCCAACGAACAUGUUACCCAGAUUGCAUUGCUCAUCUCCGUCACCGUGUGUUUUGUUAUUCUAAUCAUCACAGUUACAUUUAUAUAUUUAAGAUAUCGCAAGCGGGAAGUACGACGUCAGCAGUACCUCGAAGAGGCUGAACAAUGUGAUGCCGGGUAUAUACCUCCCGGCGAGACGCUCAAGGACCUCAUCGACCACACACAAAGUUCCGGCAGUGGUUCAGGGCUCCCUCUUUUGGUGCAAAGGACCAUAGCCAAACAGAUUCACCUGGUGAAAAGUGUCGGGAAAGGUCGCUAUGGGGAAGUAUGGAAAGGAAAAUGGCGGGGAGAAAGUGUGGCCGUCAAGAUUUUCUUCACAACAGAGGAGGCUUCCUGGUUCAGAGAAACUGAGCUCUACCAAACUGUUCUCCUGCGUCACGAAAAUAUACUUGGUUUCAUAGCUGCAGAUAUUAAAGGAACUGGGGGUUGGACUCAGUUAUUUCUCAUCACAGACUACCACGAAUAUGGUUCACUAUAUGAUUACUUAAAUGAGAGAAUACUAGACACAAAUGAGGUGUUACGUCUAGCACACACAGCGGCCUGUGGUCUAGCACAUCUACAUACAGAAAUAUUUGGUACACAAGGUAAACCAGCAAUAGCUCAUAGAGAUAUCAAAAGUAAAAAUAUUUUAGUUAAAAAGAAUGGCACUUGUUGUAUAGCUGACCUGGGGCUUGCAGUAAGGUUUUUAAGUGAUAGCAGUGAGGUUGAUAUAGCCCCGAACACUAGGCAGGGUACAAAACGCUACAUGGCACCAGAGGUGUUAGAUGAGACGCUGAAUUAUUCACAUUUUGACGCUUACAGGCAGUCGGAUAUGUAUGCAUUCGGUCUGGUGCUCUGGGAGAUAGCUAGACGGUGUCAGCUUGGAGGCAUUUGUGAAGAGUAUCAGGUGCCAUACUAUGACGCAGUACAGAACGACCCAAGCUUUGAUGAUAUGAAGAAAGUCGUUUGUACAGACAGGAGGCGGCCUGCAAUUCCCAACCGCUGGACAGCAGAUGAGUAUCAGCGCAGUAUGACAAAGCUUAUGACUGAAUGCUGGCACCAUACCCCCGCAGCUAGACUAACUGCCCUCAGGGUCAAGAAAACACUUUUUAAAAUGAUUGAAAAUUAUGAACUGACUACAACCAUCAAGGCGUGACAUACGACCCCCGUUUAAGUGUUAAGAAGUAUGAAUUAUUCCAUUCGGGAUUAUAUUGAUACAAAGUAUGCUAUAUUAGAGAAUUUAUCGCAUCAGUCCUGGAAGAUCGGAGAAAUAAUUUGAGGUGCCUGCACAUAUUUUAAGUAUCAAAUCAGAUUUGUGUGGAUUGACCUGUCAUAAACAACGAAAUGCGUCUCACUACAAAGUUAAGAAUGCAGAGUUAUAAAUUUGCUGCAAAAAAAUUUGGAAUAAUAAUUAUCUGGCAUAAAUAAGAAAUGCAGCUCUAAUAUGGCAGAAUCAGAAGUAUAGGAAAUUUUCAUUGUUUCAACAUUGAGGGAAUGGAGAGAGAGAUCAAAGACAGAGAUAACGGGUCCUGCCCCUGAUCAUAUAUUGCUAUGGCGAUCACAUUACCCUCAUCUGCUGAUGGAGCAGUGUAGUAAUACUUAAAAGGGAUUAUAUUCUUGGACUAUUUUUAUGUCACAUGAUGUGUCUGCCAAGGCUGAAUUUUCCAUGUACAAUAUGAUGUAAAAUUAAACCAUAUUAAUGCCUAUUUUCAUCUGAAUACCAAAAUCAUAGAUAACAACAAUGAGAUUUUUACUGCAAUCUAUAUUGAUUACAGUCUUUAUAAUUUUAAAUGACAAUUGACUGUUAAAAAAAUUGUCAAUUUUGACUGUAUUGAAAAUUCUAAUCUGUUGAAAGCUUGAAAUUUUAACUGUGUUUUGGAUGACUUUAAUGUUAACAGUGUAUUUGAAAAUUCUACUAAAAUACAGUUAAUUGACAAUUUUUGAUUACAGUCUAAUGAUACAUUAAGUGAUGAACCAUGUAAAGCAAUAGAAAGGUCAUCUCAAUGCAAUUUUUCGAG